ACUAACCAAGCCGGACCUAUUAUAGCGCUGCAAAGGUCAAAAUGCAGCUAAUAAUUUAAAAUGUUUGCUUUCCAUAAUAAGGGUUGUACUUUUGUAUCUUUUAACCGUGGGUCAGACUAUUUUAUUCAUUGCGUUUCGAGUUGUUAUCAUGCUUUGGUCGAAAGCCCAUCAUGUCUGAAGAGGAACUUUUUACGGAAUCAGCAGGCCAAUCAAUCGAAAGUAAAAGCCGAAGUCGGCUGGGUCUCAUUGUGACGGGUUUGGUCGGAGGCUCGCUUGUUGCCCUUUAUGCUGGGGCUGCACCGUUUGUGGCCCCUGCGUUGAGAAAGAUCUGUCUCCCGUUUGUCCCCGCGACCACUACACAGGUGGAGAAUGUCCUCAAUGCACUGCGAACCAGGUCUGGGACCCUGGUGGACAUUGGAAGUGGAGAUGGGAGAAUAGUGAUAGCCGCAGCAAAGCGUGGAUUUCUGGCAUCAGGUUUUGAGUUGAACCCCUGGCUGGUGUGGUAUUCCCGCUACAAAGCCUGGAGACAUGGAGUCCAUCGUUCCACUUCCUUCCACAUCUCAGACUUAUGGAAGCAGAUUGAAAUAGAUUGCCACAUGAAAACAGUUGGCCUGAAAUCUUCAAUCCGAAUUGGUCAGCUUUGCACAGUACUCCAAUGUUGUUAUUUUUGGUGUCCCUCAAAUGAUGGACAAAUUGGAGCUGAAGCUGCAAAGCGAGUUACCAAGCUCUGCUAAGGUGGUCGCCUGCCGAUUCCCCUUUCCCAAUUGGGUUCCAGAACACAGCGCGGGAGAGGGUGUUGACACAGUGUGGGUGUACAACGCCAAAUCAUUUCAAUCACUCCCACACCAUCGCGUGACAAAGAAGACAGCAUCAGACAACUGGGACAUUGCUGAAUCACAUACGUAAACAAAGAUGCUGUGAGCUGGCCAACUACCAUUAAAUUAUUGCCAUAUGCUGUUUUA